AUGAUCAGCAGCAAGUCACAAAUCGCACUAGACUUUGCACACUCGUGCAGAGCAUCGUCUCAUGCUCUGUGGUUACGUUCCGAUAAGCUUGUGAAUUCUACGUCGGAUAUCCUUAGAGCUCACGAACAAUACCUGUCAACUUCUCGCCACGGCCUAGCUCGUGCAAAACCACGAAGCCAUAUUAAUACCGCUGAGGACUUUCUCAGGUCGAGUGCAGAGCACUAUCUGCUAGUCCUGGACAAUGCCAACGAUCUCGAUAGCUUCAAUGGUGGCAAUGACAGUAUUAGUUCCAUCCGAAGCCUAGUUCCGACUAACUCGAAGGUGCUUAUAACGACUCGUGAUCCUCGUUUCCUCGGCGGAUUUGCAGGCGCCAGAGAUGGACUCAAAGUUGGGCCCAUGUCUAGCGAUCAGGCGUAUGACUUGUUGACAGGAUCGAUUCCGCCGCAUCUCAUGAUUGAGGACGAUUAUGAUACAAGGGUUGCAGCCAUGGACUUGGUAGCAGAAUUGGGCUGUCUUCCAUUGGCAAUUACGCAGGCCGCUGCCAACAUGCGGGCGCAGCAGAUGGCAAUUCAUGCGUACGCCAAAAUGUAUCGCUCCCGUCAAGCGCGAUUGAGCUUAUUGCAGACUCCUGUGGCACGGUGGAGUGGAAGCAAUGGAGUGCAAAGCAUUCUUACCACUUGGGAGAUGUCAUUCGAAGAUAUUCGUCAGCAAAAUGUUCGGGCAGCGGACUGCUUGAGCUACAUGGCCUUCUUCGAUUGUCGGUCUAUCCCAAAAUCAGCUGUCAAGCUGUUGCCAGGCCUAUACGGCUCUGAUGAUAUUCAGUAUCACGGCAUCCUAGCGCCGCUCCUCCUUCACUCAUUAGUGGAGGAAACAUAUACCUCGCAAGAGGAUUCACAUUUCGAGAUGCAUCCGGUCAUUCACGAGAGGAUCUCGCAAAGACUCUCAGCUGAGGAUUUUCUUCACUACUCUGCUCCUGUUGUGGAGCUACUCGGGCGGCUAUUUUCCUGUGGCCAUGGACUGCGAGAAACUAUCGGAUGGGGCCUUGCACAUAAAUUGUUGCCACAUGCAACCCAUUGUCUGGACGUAACAUCAUACAUCGCGACGAAAUUGGCCGGAACGGCGACUUUGAUGCAAGCAAACUUUCUAGGCAUGGGAGAACAAGAUGCACUCACUACAUGA